AGCUCCAGCAUCCAAUAAUCAAACAACAACUAGAAAAAAACAGAUAGCAAGGAUAAUCUGGGUAACAAACAUGGCUUACUCAUUAUCCCUGCCCAAACCAUGCUACUCCCAGAACUUCCAUUAUCACCAUCAAAGAUGCUUCAAGAUCAACCUCCCCAAAUGGACCACUAGAGCUUCCUCUGCUGCCCCUGGUGUUGAACUCAACACUCUUGAAUCUGCCAUUGCCAAGAAAGAUAGCAAUGCUGUUAAAGAAGCACUUGAUCAGCUGAGUGAAGGUGGUUGGGCCAAGAAAUGGGGUUCACAGCCAUAUGUUUCACGUCGUACGACAUCACUUAGAGAGCUGACAACUCUGGGAAUUAAAAAUGCUGAGAACCUUGCAAUUCCUAGUGUCAGAAAUGAUGCAGCUUUUCUCUUUACUGUUGUUGGAACAACUGGAUUUUUGGGUAUUCUGACUGGUCAGCUUCCCGGGGAUUGGGGCUUUUUUGUACCAUACUUGAUUGGAAGUAUAUCCCUAGUGGUUUUAGCUGUGGGUAGCAUAUCCCCUGGGCUUCUCCAAGCAGCUAUUGGCAGCUUUUCAACAGUUUUUCCUGAUUAUCAAGAGAGGAUUGCUAGACAUGAAGCAGCACACUUUUUGAUUGCUUAUCUGCUUGGUGUACCCAUUUUGGGGUAUUCGCUGGAUAUUGGGAAAGAGCAUGUCAAUCUCAUUGAUCAGAGGCUUGAAAAGCUUAUCUAUAGUGGCCAGCUUGAUGCUAAAGAGAUAGAUAGAUUGGCUGUUGUGUCAAUGGCUGGACUGGCAGCAGAAGGUUUAAUAUAUGACAAGGUGAUUGGUCAAUCAGCUGAUCUUUUCACUCUCCAGAGAUUUAUAAACAGAACCAAGCCUCAACUCAGCAAAGAUCAGCAACAAAAUCUGACUAGAUGGGCAGUUAUGUUUGCUGCUAGUCUCUUGAAAAAUAACAAGGAGAGUCAUGAAGCCUUGAUGGCAUCAAUGACAAAGAAGGCAAGUGUAGUGGAGUGCAUUCAAACAAUCGAAAGUGUUGCAGCAGAGUUCAACAUUAAAUAUUAAACUGCUUUAAGCCAUGACAUACAAUACAAUGUCUUAUAUAAAAAUUACAACAUUGGAUCUUCUUCUUGUUCAUACAAAUGGAUGACCCAAGUUUGUUUCAACUCUCAAAUAUUCAACUUCCAUAUACAAUAGACUUUUCACUUCA